AUGUCUUCCAUCCUCGCAUCUCUCCAUGACCUCUUCACCUCACUUGUCGAACUCAUCUUCUCCGUCUUCCACAGCGCCUUCAAUACAGUCUCCGGUCUCCUGACCGGAGUUGUGGAAUUCCUCGUCGGGAGCGUGCAGAUGGUGCUGCACACCGCGGCAGAGACCUUGAAGGCCGUGGGGGGACUAGGCAACUUGAUUGCGAGCAACAUUGUUCUUAUCGCCCUUGUGGCUGGGGGGAUCUACGGCUAUUCCAAGUACCAAGGUCGGCGAGGUCGCCCUGUCACGGUUGGAAAUAAGAAACUCAACUAG